AUUUGACCAAAAAGGCGUAGAGAGGAGAGAAGUGGGUUGUUGGGUGAAACGACAUUAUUAUUUGAUGUCGUUUGAGGAUUUAAACGACAUCGCCUUAUGUGAAAAUAAAAUUCCAAGUACAUCUUGCUUCCAUUCUCGUCGUCGCUGUUAGAAAUGGAGGCAGCAGCAACGGCAACAAGUUGCUGCGUACAGCACCAUCCAACUACUCCUUCCAAUCUCUCACCAUUUUCCCGCCAAAUUAGUUUCCGGCAUGUCGGGUUUGCGCAAUCCAGAGGUUUAAGAUUGUACAGGAAUGGACUUCAACUACAGUCUACUUGUGGUGUAACUCUCGCUCUCUCUAGAAGUAACGAAGACUAUGUGUCGCCUUGGGAUGAUAAGCCAUUCGAAAUUCUUCCAAGUGGUAGGAAGGCUUACGUAGAUGAACGAGACGUGGUGUCGUUUCUUGAUCCUCCUAAGGAGUUGAUUCCUUUGGACCCAGCUUCUUAUAAUCCUGCUGCGUAUCUUUGGAAAAAAAUUGAAGACAUUCCUGAGGAAAGGCGUCAUCGACUGCUGCUUUUGUUAGAACCUAGACUUAUAUCAAAGGCUUGGCAAAUAGCUGGUACUCGAUAUGUGGAUUCCAAGUUAGCAAAGAAAAGUGCAUCUACUUUUAUUGCUGAUGAAAAUGGCGUGAUGCUUGAAUAUUUUAACUGCCGUGCAAGUGGAGGGCCAAUGCUAAUUUCCUGGAUCAAGUUCUUCAAAAAGGCUAUAUUUUCUUGCAAGGACGGGAAGGCCUAUGGACGACUCAUUGGUGGACCAGCUUUGGCUGCAUUUGCUGAUUCUUUUGCUCCUUUGUAUUUUACGGUGAGACAACUCAAUGAAGUGAUGUCAACUGAGCAGCCAUGUGAUUUAGCAUACGAAUUUGGAGAUGGACUGUAUGAUAUAAAAGAACUCCCACAGGGCUUUCCGAGACCAGUUAAGCAUCCUUAUCCUUUCAACGAUCAAGUUGUGAUAUAUGUCCGCCAUCUAGGACCAGGGGUUUCAGUAGGGCAAGCAUGGCAAGAGGGGAACAAGUUGGAACAAAUACCACGAAAAUUAUGUGGUGAGAUUUUAAUGGUGAAGAAUUAUGCUUCCUUAUGAGAAGAUCACCGCAAAAGUUGCUGAGCUUCCCCUUGGAGAAAAUUGAAACUUGAUUCUGUAUGCAAGCAUAAAUGAUUAAGUCCUGAAGUCACUAGAUAGUGGCAUGUCUGAUGUAAGAUUAUGAAAGAAUGAUGUUUCUUUCUAAGUAAAAUUUAGCGAGAAAACAUGACUCCAGGUGUGCUGUGUUAUCUACAGAUAAACUGAGUUGUAUAUAAGGUAGUUGAGGCUAGAGUAUUGCACAAGCAUUAUUUUGUUGAUUCCUCUGUACUAUUGUUUAUUCUGUAAAAUCAAUAGUUCCAAGUUGCGUGUCA